AUGUUGUCUGCAAUUCCUGCCACUCCUUCACAUCCUUCAAAUUCUCUCUCACUUCCAGAUGGCCUGUUUCCGCCUUCUUGCACUGGAUGCAUCGCCUGUUUCUUGCCAGAUCCCCCAUUUCCUGACCAAAGUUUGACUCUGCAGGGGGCCAGUUUCAUCUACUCCUCUGUUGCAGUGACCACCCACCGUGCCUAUUCCUCUGGUGAACGCCAAUUUAUUCGCUUCUGCUUACACCAUGGGCUCGUUUCCCCCGAUACCCCUUUAUUACCCAGCAGUGAGGCUACCUUAAUUCACUUCGUUACCCACCUUUCCAAUACAGUUUCUUAUGGCACUAUAAAACUUUACCUGGCAGCAGUAAAAAACCUGCAUACUGAGUUUGGUUUUCCGCUGGACUUCACCUCCAUGCCCCUCCUUUAUGAAACUUUACAAGGCAUAAAAUGUUUUCAGGGUGUUUCUAAACAGGCACACUACCCCAUCACUAUUACAGUUCUCCAACAAAUCUACUCUAAGCUACAACCCUUUCACUCCCAGGCUGUCGACUCUUCCAUGUUAUGGGCUGCUUUUACCCUAGCAUUUUUCGGUUUUCUAAGAAGCAGUGAAUUCACUUGCAACGGCAAGUUUGAUCCCCGUACUCACUUAUCCAGAUCAGAUAUCAUUUUUAACCCUAAUAUUUUCAAUCCAAAUUUCCUUGAAAUUACUAUUAAGAAGUCCAAAACUGACUCCUUCCGUGAGAGAGCCAAACUCACUAUAGCUAGGUCAAACUCUAACGUCUGUGUGGUCACCGCCCUUCAAGACUGUCUUCUUCAAACAUACGGACAGAGUACCUCCCAGCCUCUCUUCAAAUUCACCGAUGGGCGCAACCUUACCCGUGCAUCACUUACCAACAACCUGCGUACCCUACUCCACAUCCUGUGGCCUGGACAGUGCAAACUUCGCUUCACACAGCUUUCGUAUUGGCACAGCCACAACAGCGGGAGCAGUUGGACUUCCUGACUGGCUUAUCAAAGUCCUCAGAAGGUGGAAAUCUAAUGCUUAUCAAACUUAUAUCAAGACCCACAAAGAGGCUAUUCUUCAAGUACCCAAGAACUUGGCAUCGUGCCUUAACUGAUAACUACAUUAGAUACAUUGAGAACACUGUGAUGUCUCUCUGUAACUAUAUUUAUUGUUGCAUUCAUAGUUUGUCAAGUAAUCUCAGGUUCUUUCCUAUUACUACACGGGCCCCCCAGGCCACCCCUCCACAGGCGGCUGGCCUCGCUAUCACUCACCCCACUGGGACCAAGGUCUCUCCGUACCUAAUCCCUUGCACCUCCUGUGGAGAUCUGGCCUGGGCUGCCCGGGUUUUUACUUAGUUUAUGGGCCCCACACAGGAGACUUUCUUGUCAUAUCCGACGUGUGUGGGUGGGGAAUUGCUGCCUGUGGCACCCCUUCAGCCCUGUGCGGGAGCCCCAUCAGGAAGGGGACAUUUGUUCUCUGGCUGGGUUAACUUGGCCCCAUGUAAUUAUUCCAG